CCGCAGGGAUGUGGAGAGCCCGGCGCGGCCGCGGCGUCUGGCCGCUGCCGCUGCUCCUGGCCGCCGCGUGCGCGCAGAGCGUCAAUGACCCGAGUAACAUGUCGCUGGUGAAGGAGACGGUGGACAGGCUCCUGAAGGGCUACGACAUCCGUCUCAGACCCGAUUUUGGAGGACCCCCCGUGGCUGUGGGGAUGAACAUUGACAUCGCCAGCAUAGAUAUGGUCUCGGAAGUCAACAUGGAUUACACCUUGACCAUGUACUUCCAGCAAGCCUGGAGGGACAAGCGGCUGUCCUACAACGUGAUACCCUUGAACUUGACCUUGGACAACAGAGUGGCAGACCAGCUGUGGGUGCCCGACACUUACUUCCUGAACGACAAGAAGUCGUUCGUCCACGGCGUGACGGUAAAGAACCGCAUGAUCCGCCUGCACCCGGACGGCACGGUCCUGUACGGCCUCAGAAUCACAACCACGGCUGCCUGUAUGAUGGACCUGAGACGGUACCCACUGGACGAACAAAACUGCACGCUGGAAAUCGAGAGCUAUGGGUACACCACCGAUGACAUUGAGUUUUACUGGCGAGGCGAUGACAACGCCGUCACCGGCGUCACGAAGAUCGAGCUCCCGCAGUUCUCCAUCGUGGACUACAAGCUCAUCACCAAGAAGGUGGUGUUCUCCACGGGUUCCUAUCCCAGACUGUCCCUCAGCUUUAAACUGAAGAGAAAUAUCGGCUACUUCAUCCUGCAAACGUACAUGCCCUCCAUCCUGAUCACCAUUCUCUCCUGGGUCUCCUUCUGGAUUAAUUACGAUGCCUCAGCAGCUCGCGUGGCAUUAGGAAUCACAACUGUCCUUACAAUGACCACCAUCAAUACCCACCUCCGGGAAACCCUCCCUAAAAUCCCCUAUGUGAAGGCCAUUGACAUGUACCUCAUGGGGUGCUUUGUCUUCGUGUUCAUGGCCCUGCUGGAGUAUGCGCUGGUCAACUACAUCUUCUUCGGGAGAGGACCCCAACGCCAGAAGAAAGCAGCCGAGAAGGCUGCCAGUGCCAACAAUGAGAAGAUGCGCCUGGACGUCAACAAGAUGGACCCUCAUGAGAACAUCCUACUGAGCACCCUUGAGAUCAAAAACGAGAUGGCCACCUCCGACGCGGUGAUGGGCCUGGGGGACCCCCGGAGCACCAUGCUGGCCUACGACGCCUCCAGCAUCCAGUACCGGAAAGCCGGCCUGCCCAGACACAGUUUUGGCCGGAACGCGUUGGAGCGACACGUGGCGCAGAAGAAGAGCCGGCUGCGGCGACGGGCCUCCCAGCUGAAGAUCACCAUCCCCGACUUGACUGAUGUGAACGCCAUCGACCGGUGGUCCCGCAUCUUCUUCCCCGUGGUUUUUUCCUUCUUCAACAUCGUCUACUGGCUUUAUUACGUGAACUAAAACAUGGCCUUCCCCCGCCACCACCCCCCUGGGAAGCAAAGACUAGAUCCCUCCUCACCACAGUUGUACAGACUGACAUAGGACUUGGAAAACACACCAAUCCAGGACAACAAUGAUGCAAAAAUACCUUAGUUGCUGGCCUCUCCCGUGGUCCAUUCCAUAACCAUCCGGGUUGCUUCCGCUAAGUGACGGACAGGUCCCUGAGGUUUUCCACUUGCAAACACAAGGGAUCGGUGCCUCCGCUGGCCAGAGUGAGCCAGAAGG